AUGUCACAGCAAGCACGGGCCCACAAGGCACCGCAUGAUCAGACAUGGAUUCAGGCCGGACACCGUGAAACUGGGCCAGCGCGGACAGCGCGAAGAGACGAGCCUGCACUUAGCUGUCCUGCCCUAAAGAGUCUCCGUUGUCACUUUACUGUGGAUGGGGGCAAUGUGGAGAAGCUAUGGCUUCACGAAAGAGUUGUUCCACUACCUUCUUGCAGUGGAACGGCUUUGUCCUCAACAGCCUUCCCCGAUGGACGUGACGUCCAUCAUGCGGGAUCAGGUAUAGCGCAUUCCCCCCUUUAA